GGGGUAUAAGCUGGACCUGAGGGGGGACCCUGAGCAGUGGCGUGGAGGACCAGCUUCGGGGAGCAGCCGCCAUGCCGGACAAACUGGAGAUCACGAGCAUGGACAUGAAGCCGGGGACGACCCUGAAGCUCAAGGGCCGCAUCGCCGAUGGGGCCAGCAGCUUCACCAUUAACCUGGGCCAGAGCGCAGACAAGCUGGACCUGCAUUUUAACCCGCGCUUCAACGAGUCCACCAUUGUCUGCAAUUCACUCAACGGCGGUAGCUGGGGACAAGAGCAAAGGGACGGUCACUUGUGCUUCAGCCCCGGGUCAGAGGUCAAGAUUGCAGUGGCUUUCCAGGAAGACGGGUUCAAGGUGACCCUGCCCGACGGCCACCAGCUGACCUUCCCCAACCGGCUGGGACACGGCCACGUGAGCUACCUGGGCGUGAAGCACUUCCGCAUCUCCUCCUUCAAGCUGGGCUGAGCGGUCACAACGCCUUGGAAUCAAA